AUCCUCGGUGGUACGUGAAUUGAACGGAACGCAGGUACUCGCCACCAGCUGAGGACGGUUUGGAACAGCUGUAAUUUUUCGAGUUAAGCCACAUUUAUAUACGCGUUCACGGAAAGAAAAAGAACGGAGGAGAUGAACAGUGCAAUUAUGUAAAUCGUUUGCUCGCGCUUCUGAAUUCUUCAAUCAUGCACCCAUGUACCUCAACAAUGCAUCCUGCCAUGGUGAUGCGGUGACAUUGACAGCGUCGUUGCGGCUUGGUGCAAAUGUCGUUAUAGUCAUGGUAAUGCGCAUAAAUAUAAAUAAAAUCUGCGACGUCGGCAGAUAGAUAACGUAAUUAACAGGACAGCCUCGCUGACAUCGUUGGUCCAGCGAUGCUCAUAAUCGGCAUCCCUUAACGACUGCAUUCCCUCGUGUCUAAUUCGUACCAUGAUGGGAAUAUUGUACGAGAAAAGGCCGCUGAAGAGGCCGAGGCUAGGACCCCCGGACGUCUACCCCCAAGAACUGAAGCAGAAGGAGGACGAGCUCUCGCUUACAAAUGUGAAGCACGGCUUCAUGGCUACUACAACUCAGUUAACGGACGAGUCUGGAACGGGCAGAAACUAUAAUGUUACUGCUGCCAAGGUCGGCGCGUACUUCAACGCGAUCCUCGCCAAGAAGGAGGAGCUCGCGACGAUGCCCGAUACCGGUAGGAAGAGGCAGCAGAUCAAUCCCAAGGACAAUUUCUGGCCGGUAACAGCUAGGACGAAGAAUGGUAUUGAAGCGUGGUUCAAGGAUCUCUCGGGCAGCAAGCCGUUAGUCGCUCUUGCGAAGAAGGCGCCGAACUUCAAUAAAAAGGAAGAGAUCUUCAUGAUGCUCUGCGAGUACCAAGUGCCGAUGCUCAGGGCAGCUUGGUUCAUCAAGCUCAGCUCUGCUUAUACAGUCGCAGUCUCCGAAGCCAAAAUAAAGAAGCGUCAGCUGCCUGAUCCAACUACAGAAUGGACAGGCACUCUUAUAAAAUUUUUAAAAGAUCAGUUAUCUAAACUACAAGAAUACUAUCAUAUGGGUAAUCAUGCGGCAAAUGCUAUUAACAGUAAUAGUACGACAAGUUCCUGCAACAGUAAUGGGACUACUGGCACAAGCAACAGUAGCAACAGCAGCAGCAACAAUAACAGUGUUACUGCCACUACUACUAUUACUACUACUGCUACUACUACUACUACAACUACUACUACUACUACUACUACAACUACUACAACUACUAGUAAUAAUAAUAACAAUAAUAGUAAUAAUAGUGCGAGCAAUAACACGAGCAACGGCUCUGUCAAUAAUCAACCACCUACGCCUACUUCGAGUAGUCAAUCUGCGACAGGCAGUACAAUGAAUGAGGAGCAUAAAUUGGCGCUUAAGCAAUGGCAUUACUGUGUGCAAUUGGCUAAAUAUAUGUUUGAAGAAGGCUUGCUGGACAGACAAGAGUUGCUACAAUGGAUUCUAGAAUUGUUGGAUAAGAUUAGAUCCUCUCCCUCGGAAGAUGGCAUAUUGAAGCUUCUGUUGCCAUUAGCUCUGCAAUAUUUAGAAGAAUUCAUACAAUCUGAAUUACUAGCCAGACGAUUGGCAUAUUUAUGCUGUCGCAAAUUGGCACACAUGUGUAAUAACGUUGAGGGCAGCAACAAUCCGCAGAGUCCGUCCAUUACUAAGAACGAAGUUAAUGGUAGCAAGGACACUACUGCUGCUGUCCAAGGGCAAUUAAAUCUCUUGACAGUUGCUUUUAAUGAUUAUUUAACUUGUGCACAUCACAGAGAUGUAAUUUACAGUUUAGCUACUAUAAUACAGGUUAUAACAUUAGAGUGUCCCACGGCAUUGGUCUGGAACAGCGUUGGUGAGGGUAAAGCUCCAUCAGUCUUGAAUGGAUCACCUUUGGAUUACUUACCGUGUCCUCCUGGAGCCUUGCCGUGCCCACCCGCGAGUUCUGGCAAUCCUACAAUGAAACAGCUGAGAGUCGCGCAAGAAAAUAUAAGAGCUCGAUCUCAGGCAGCGGAAGGUAGAUGGUCGUGCGACAAGUGGCAGCAAAGCAGCGCUGGAACGACGACGACCAAAGUGCUAGCCGCAUUGGACGCCCUUGACCGGCACAGUUUCGAUAAGAUGGACGCUUCCAAUUCGCUCGACACCCUGUAUGCAAAAAUCUUUACACCACCACCGAAAGAUAAUUCCAGCGAACGUGACACCAAAACGGAAUAUAAUCCACAACAGGAUUCGGCGGUAGUUGAGAUUCUGUGCGAAUGGGCUGUGAGUGCCGAACGUUGGGGGGAACACAGGGCGAUGGCGGUUGCUAAACUUCUCGAAAAGAGACAGAGUGAAGCCACUGGCGAGACGAACGAUAACGAUGAUAAGGACAGUACGUGUAGUAACGGAAGUCCGCCUGUGCUUCCGAUCUUUCAACCGCUGCUUAUGAAAUUCUUAGAUGUGGACGCACCGGUACUCGAUAACACUUCGACUCAAUCUAAGGCUCAAUUUACAAACUUAGUUCAUCUGUUCUCAGAAUUGAUAAGGCAUGAUGUUUUCUCACAUGAUGCAUAUAUGUGCACUCUCAUCUCAAGGGGUGAUCUUAUACAAGGUCCGGUAGCUAGCAAACCCGGAACACCAAGUAACAGAGAACCAAUCGAUGAAGAUAGUCUCUUCCCGGGUAUAGAUUUGAAGCCGACUAAAUUGGAAGUGUCAGAUCAUGGGCGUACCAUGGAUUAUGAUGAUAGUAAAAUUGAUGACGAUUUGGAUAAGUUAUUGCAGCACAUUAAAGAAGAUCAACAAAAUAGCAUGGAUGCACCGGAUAGUCCCAAAGAGGAUGCAUUGACUGGUCAUGGAGGUCAUGAAAGUCUCGAUUCAAAAAUGCCAUCGAGUCAUAGCAGACAUUUAUUGUACACUACUCAUUUUCCGCUACCACAAGACGAGACAUGCAGUCAGCAUGAUUGUAAUCAGCGACACGUAUUACUUUAUGGCGUUGGACGUAUCAGAGAUGAGGCCAGACAUGUUGUUAAAAAAAUGACGAAAGAAGUGUGUAAAUUAUUUGGGAAGAAAUUCAGUAUUGAUGUUGCCGAAGGGGGCAAAGUGAAGAAACAUUCUCGAAGUGAAUUUAAUUUUGAAGCUGUCACUAUGAAAUUCCAAAAUCUAAGUUAUUUCGAUCAACACGUUGUAACAUGGCAAUGUGCAACGCAAGUUAUAGAAAUGUUGAAUACAUUUGCACUAGCUGGUUCGUCUUAUUUACCAGUUCACGAGCAUGUAGCCUUCCUCUUCGAUCUGAUGGAACUAGCAUUAAACAUAUAUGGCCUAAUUGACGUUUGCAUACAAAUCCUGAAAGAGCUACCAGAGGUGGAGGCACAAUUGACAGCUAGAAACAGUCAGUUAGUUCGAAGUUAUACCACAAAUCUGAGUUUAUAUGUAGUCGGCGUAUUAAGAAGAUAUCACUGUUGUUUAUUAUUGUCUCCCGAGCAGACGACAGCGGUAUUUGAUUUACUCUGCAAAGUAGUGAAACAUGUGUCAAAUCCGAGCGACUGUAGCUCCGCCGAACGAUGCGUACUAGCGCAUUUAUACGACUUAUAUUCAACGUGUUCUCUUUUGAAGACGAAAUCACACGGGGUGGAGGCGUUUAGUAAUGCAUAUCCGAAAAUUCGAGCUGCUCUCUACAGCACAUUGCAGCCAACGCCGUCGAGUCACGUUUACAAUUCGCAAUUUAUGGUGGAUGUGUUUACCAGUCCACGGAGAGGCGGAAAAAUUGAACCGCAAUGGGCGAGGCAGUUAAAUGAGACGCCGGCCAAUCGAUAUAGUUUUGUUUGCAACGCGAUUGUGGCGGUUUGCAGCGAAACGGAUAACGAUAAACUGAACGAUAUUGCUAUAACUUGCGCGGAAUUAACUGCUUGUUGCAAUGCUCUCAAUGCCGAGUGGUUGGGAGUACUUAUGGCGCUUUGUUGUUCCUCCAAUAGUUCCGCUUUCUACAUCGACGUGUUAAAUCAAGUUGAUGUACAAGACUUAAGUAUACACAAUUCUCUUGCUAUAUUCACAUCGAUUUUGAUUGCAAGGCAUUGUUUCUCUUUGGAAGAUUUUGUUGUGCAUAUAGCACUACCAUCGUUGGUGAAAACUUGUAACGAUGGUCGCGGGGACAUUGAUAUCGAAGUUGAAGCAGGUGCACGUUUAACUUGUCACUUAUUACUGCGACUCUUCAAAACCGUCGAAUGCCCGCAGCCGGCUUUGUAUUCGGUCAGUACGAGUCCUCAUCCGCUUCCCAGUGGAAAUUCAAGGGGUUACAGCAUAAAAUUGAGUUGCGAUAGGCACUUAUUGGCAGCUGCACACAAUAAUAUAAGAGUAGGACCAGUACUCGCGGUGCUGAAGGCUAUAUUAGUUGUGGGGGAUGCUACCGCCACUAAACAACCCCCGAAGAAAGUCGAUAUACCCCUGAGCCAUUCCAGUAAAGGCGGUGGCCCGGCCAGUGUUGGAGUCGGAGUUGGAGUGAGCAGUAGCGGGCCUGGUGAACUGUCAAUCAGCCAUAUUUUGGGAACUAGCGAUAUUUUAGGAGGCGGCGAUGAUCUUGGCCUCGACCUGGCCAUGUCUUCAUCCAGUAGUAGCGCCGGCAUGACGACGGAAAAUGUCAAGGGAUUUUCUGAUUUUGCUCAUCACGUUUUACGUCAGAUCUGCAGCCAGGAAUGGGUAUUGGAGAGAUGCUUACAAAAUCCGGAAGAGCUUUGUCAUCAGGACAUGCUGUUGGAUAAUAUGCUGACGCCACGACAAGCCCAAAAAUUAUUACACAUGAUCUGCUAUCCUGAAACACCAACCGAAGCUUUUAUCGAUCAGAAGACGCAUAUUACGAAUAUUUUGGAAAAUCUGGAACAAUGGAGUCUAAGAAUGUCCUGGUUAGAUUUACAGCUUAUGUACAAGCAAUUCUCGCCAGGCUCCAGUGAACUUUCUCAAUGGUUGGACACAGUUGCAAAAGCUGCAAUAGACGUUUUUCAGUUGAACAAUACGUUGAGUAAUAAACCUGACAAAAGGUCAGGCUCUAUAUGGCUAGUCGCUCCGUUAGUUUCCAAAUUGCCGAGUGCGGUGCAAGGCAGAGUUUUAAAAGUGGCGGGGCAGGUAUUAGAAUCGGGCAAUUGGUCGAAAACAGCAGGCCGCGAGAGAGGUAGAUCCAAAUCGCCUUCACUGUUCAAUCACCAACCAUUUCUGUCGCUUGUGUUGACAUGCUUGAAAGGUCAGGAUGAUCAAAGAGAGGGUUUACUCACAUCCCUACAUUCGCAACUUUCACAAUUUUUAAAUACCAGUAAAGAGGAGAAGCACAUCGGCUCCGAAGAUCCUAAAACUAGGGAAGUAUUACAGGACGCGUUGCAGUUAAGAUUCAGUCUUGUCGGUGGUGUGUUCGACACGAUACAAAGGAAUACGACUGCCACGACGGAUUGGGCGAUUCUGCUAGUUCAAUUGGUCAGCUACGGUGUUAUAGACUUGAAUAAUAAUGCAGAAUUAUUUACAACCGUUAUAGAUAUGCUAGCAACGCUAAUCCACUCCACAUUAGUAUCAGAUUCGCAGUCCGAGAAAGACGAAAACAAGAAACACUACCAAAAUCUAAUGAAAAAAUUGAAAAAAGAGCUAGGCGAUAGAAAUUCUUCGAGCAUUCGCUUUGUAAGGCAACUUCUGCCGUUACCGAAGUUGACUAUGGAAGUUAUUACAUGCGAACCCGUUGGAUGUUUGACUGACACCAAAGGCAACAAAAUUGCUGGAUUCGACAGCAUCGACAAGAAACAGGGACUGCAAGUGUGCGACUCUCAAAGGGUGUCGGCAUGGGAACUCUUGGAAGGUCAUAAAAAUCCUGCUCCGCUUUCCUGGGCUUGGUUCAGAGCUGUCCGAUUGGAACGCAAACCGCUGACAUAUCAAAAUGCGCACAAACUGUUGCGUUAUCACACGCACAGUCAAAAUCGUCCAGCCAGCCAUUAUUUGGAUCCACCUCCAUUACCGCCGGAAGAUCUGGAGCCGGACAAGAAAGAAUCGGAACCAGGCAAAGCGGACACUCCAAUGAGCAUCGAUUCACCAGGUCGAGUCGGCGGCAGUAUCGGUAACACCGGUGUUGGUAAUGCAAAUACUAAUGGCAAAGGAAAAGCUAUGAAAAAUAAAAGGCAUAACAGACGAGCGAAAGGCGCCGCUACGCCUACAACACCUAUCUCGCAGCAAAUGCAGCAACCACCAUCUCAAUUGCAACAAAUGGCAUUCAAUAAUCAACAAGCUCCUGUUGCGCAACAGCCUGGAAUGUUUACUGGGCAACCCCCACAACCUCAGCAGCAAUGGUACAGUAAUCAGCAAACUCACACACCGCAGCAGCAGUACGGAUACAGUCAACAAUUGCCGCCUGCACCGGUCGGUGGACCGCGCUACGAGAGACCGGGGAUGAAUAAUCAGUCCAAACAGGCUCUGUCGAAUAUGUUACGUUUACGAUUACCGUCCAAUCAAUUCAUGGGCUCGCAACAACAGCCACCAAACGCCACGCCGGUUGCCGGACCAGGCGCGUUCCAAGGAAUGCAGAGGCAGUUCAUCAGGCAACAAUUGAGAGCGCAGCAUGGAGCACCCGGUAUAAAUCCACAACAAGGCAUGUUUGCGGCACAGCAACAGCAGCAGCAGCAACAACAGCAACAGCAAGGGAUAUAUGCUGGACUUCAACAAGGUAUGAAUCAAAAUUAUGCGGGAUAUGGAGGACAACAAAUGAUACAGCAGCAACAGCAGCAGCAGCAACAGACGCCGCAGCAAACACAGCAGCAGCAGCAGCAGCAGCAGCAGCAGCAGCAGCAGCAGCAGCAGUUGCUUCAACAACAGCAGCAGCAGCAACAAGGCAUCUUGAACCAACAACAAAAUAUGAUGUUCCCUAAUCAACAGCAAAUGAUGGGUCCGCAAAGGGGACAGGAGUAUAUGCCGCAACAAAGAAUGCAGCCUGGCGCUGCGAGGCCGCCAUAUUUACAGGCGCCAAAUGUAACAAUGAACGCAAUGGGACCACUGGGAGGAGGUGUUCAGAAUCAACCUGCUCCUCCGUACCGACAAUCCGCUGGAAAACCAGGUGCAGUAGGCGUGGCAGGAGUAGGUACAGCCAAUGUCAGCUUGCAGCAAAAUCAGUUCCAACAGCAACAAGCGAUAAAUCAGCGUAUGAGGCAACAGAUGAUAGCUAUGCAACAGCAGCAACAACAAGCACAGCAGCAGCAGCAGCAGGCUGCUCAACAGCAGCAACAGCAGCAACAAGGUGCUGCUGGUGGCCAGCAACCAACGCCUCAACUUGUGACGCACUUACAGAGGCACUUGAGUCAACCACCACAACAUUCCUACCAGCAUCAACCACCACCUUAUUAAAACAGAAAAAUUGGAUUUAUUUAAUAUUCGCUCAGACACAUUAUUGCAACAUAGAAAUGAAAACAUAUUUAUUGAAUUCCAAACUUUAUGCUGUUGAAUAAGUAAAGUCAGAAACACAGACUUUUACACAAUGUUGCAUAAGUCAUAAAGCAUAAGAGAAUCAAUCAAUCUGAGACCCAUUUUGAUUAAUUUAAUUGACGAUUAGUUCAUUGGAAUUGAUUAAUAGCAUUUCGCUUAACGACAGAUGCGAUUUGAUUGGAUCUGUUGUUAAGCAAAAUUCAUUAAUCAAAACUAAUCGGAAUUGAUCCAAGUGAUUUUCAAAGUAUAAAAUGAAGGAUUCUCUGUUUGGUUGAUUCUCUUAUGUCUUAUGUUAUGCAACAUUAUGCAAAAGUCUGUGCAACCCUAAAUAAGAUUUACAACAGAACAAAAGUUCUCAAGAAAGAUUUUUUAUUCUAUAAUUUUUUAUCAGUCAAUAUUUUAUAUAUUUGACUAGGUACUACUAUAUUUCUGGAUACAAUGAACAUAAGAAAAUUGUGAUCUAAUUUUCACAUUAAAUUGAGUGUCAUGAUUUUUAC